GUGCGGGCGCUGAAGGAGAAGAUCGAGGCGGAGAAGGGCAGCGAUGCGUUCCCGGUGGCGGGUCAGAAGCUCAUCUACGCCGGGAAGAUUCUCAGUGACGACGUUCCCAUCUGCGAGUACCGCAUCGACGAGAAGAACUUCGUGGUCGUCAUGGUGACCAAGGCCAAGGCAGCGCUGGGCACCGCGGCGCCUGAACCCGCAGCCUCCACUGCUGCCACCUCAGAGCCCACCCCGACCCCAGGGCCCCCCCCCGCUGCUGACACCACCCCCGUCCCACCAGCUGCCCCCAGUGAGGAGCAGCCCCCCCAGGACCUC